GGUAGCAAAAAAGAUGAGUUCAAUCAAAGUAAUUCAGAGUGUUAUUUCCACAGUGCUUUUUACGUCGAUUAUAUUAAACAUGACUGCCUGUUAUAUUAUUUUGUUCAAAGUGAAAAAAAAAGAGAUAACACAUUUAUUUAUUGUCAGCAUUUCUAUUACAAAUUUAUUAGAAACGACAAUUGGAUUAACACCUCAAUUAAUGAUGGCCAAUGAAUUUUUAUUGGAAAGAACUCCUCUAUGCAUUGUAAGUGGUUUUGCAGUUCUUGGUUUUGCUAUUACCAAUAUAACUCAUUUGACAAUACUUUCUUUUAUCAGAACUGUUGCCAUAAAAUAUCCGUUACAAUUUUUACGAUAUAAUAAAAUGUUUUGGUGCAGAGCUACAUUGAUAUUAGUAUGUUAUGCAAACGGGUUUUUUUGGGCAAUACUUCCUAUAAUCGGUUGGUCAAAAUAUGAACUAGAUCUUGAUAAGCAACGUUGUUCUUUAGAUUGGAGGCUGACAAAGUUAAACUCUUUUUCUUAUAUUUUAUCUAUUUUCAUCUGUUGCAACAUUUUACCUGGAAUAGUCAUUGUGUUAAUGUUGUAUUUUAGCAAAAAAACAAUUUAUCGCCGAAAAGGACGGAAAAUUUGUCAAAGUAGAGAGACUGGUUUUUUAGAAAAAGAAUAUUUAAGGGUUUGUUUAUUAUCAACGGUAACAUUUUUUUUCUUUUGGUCAUUUUACGCACUUUUCAGCGUUUUGACAUUGAUGAAAUUUGCUAUACCAACCAAUUUGGCAACAACCAGUGCGCUGUUUGCAAAGCUCUCCACGAUUUCAAAUGUUCUCAUUAAUUGUUACGCUAUUAAAUCCUUUCGAAAACAACUGCUUGACAUAUGUGUAAUUCGAUUUAUGAAAAGAUGUUGUUGGGUAUUAAUAGCUUGUCAAAAAUCUUCAGUAAAUGAUCAAAUCAACUAAAUUCUGCUGAAGUGUAUUUGAAAGUAAAAAAAAAAACAGUAUUGAAACAAAAAACAAUAUCACUCACACUAUAAAACACCAAACCAUUUACACCACUUAAGCUUACAAAACCACUUUAUCAAAACAAUCAAACCACCGAAACCACCUAAUUAAUGAAUCAAACAACCCAAGCCACUC